CUGCAGUAUGUGCUGUGGUCGUCUGCAUAUCCUGAUAGCUCAUCUAUAUGCAACUGUGUUGGUAUUGCCAAUUUUUCUGUUUCUUGGGAUAUAAAUGACUGAUUUUGAAAUGGUGUCGUCAGAUUUUACAGCAGAUGAGAAGAUGGAGAUUGAGAGCAUUAAGACGCAUAAGGAAGACCUUCUGGAUGACAUCCAGAAGUUAAAGAUGGAGAUAGACAACGUCAUGGCGGAAAUACUCAGCUUUGAGUCUGCAGAGGAAAACAAGACCCUAGAGAAGAGCAAACGGUUCUCAAAUGGGAAGAAGAAAUUCAACAUGGACCCCAAAAAGGGCAUCAAUUACCUGGUGGAGAAUAAGCUGCUGGAUGGAAGUGCUCAAUCCAUUGCUGAGUUCCUCUACAAGGAGGAGGGACUCAACAAGACAGCCAUUGGAGAAUUUCUUGGAGAAAGGGAGGAGCUCCACCUCCAGACCCUGAAGGCCUUUGUGGAGCUGCACGAGUUCUCCGACCUAAACCUGGUCCAAGCCCUCAGACAGUUCCUGUGGAGUUUCCGUCUGCCUGGAGAAGCCCAGAAGAUCGACCGCAUGAUGGAGGCCUUCGCCACACGCUACUGUGACUGCAACGCUCACGUCUUCCAGUCGACCGACACGUGCUACAUCCUGUCAUUUGCCAUCAUCAUGCUCAACACCAGCCUCCACAACCCCUGUGUGAAGGACAAGACCACUCUAGAGCGUUUCAUCUCCAUGAACAGAGGCAUCAACAACGGAGAGAAUCUACCUGAUGACCUGCUCUCGAAACUGUACGAGAGCAUCCGCAAUGAGCCUUUCAAAAUCCCAGAGGAUGAUGGGAACGACCUGACGCACACCUUCUUCAACCCCGACAGAGAAGGCUGGCUCCUCAAACUCGGAGGUCGGGUUAAGACGUGGAAGAGGCGAUGGUUCAUCCUCACUGACAACUGCCUCUACUACUUUGAGUUCACCACUGAUAAAGAGCCCAGAGGCAUCAUCCCUCUAGAGAACCUCUGUGUGAGAGAAGUGCCAUAUCCUCGCAAACCGUACUGUCUGGACCUGUACAACCCCAACAGUCGAGGGCAGAAGAUCAAAGCGUGCAAAACAGAGACGGACGGCAGAGUGGUGGAGGGGAAGCACCAGUCCUACACCAUCUGUGCUGCCAGCGCAGAAGAGAGAGACUCCUGGAUCGAGGCCAUCAGAGCUAGCAUCACCAAGGAUCCAUUCUACGACUUGGUCUCAGUUCGGAAGAAGAAGGUGAUAAACCAAGCUCCUCAGGACUGAGCUGUCCAGCGCCCCCCUUGAACGUUUAUGGUACUGCUCCACCGUGGGAUUCAGUGCCCCUUUAAGUUGUAUUUAACACCCUGAAACACAACUGAGGGAGGACACUGAAAGCUAGACACUGACAGUGGUUGUUCAGGCUAAAAGAAGGACUUCUCUUUCCACUUCUGUUUUUACAGACUGGACUGCACUGUGUCAAAGGCGAAAACAUUGACUCAUUUUGUUGCUCUCACUGUCAGUCUGACAAGCCACAAAGAAUUUAUUCACAGGACUGAAUCUUUGUCAGAACUUUGUGGCCUAGAUAUUUGUGUUUUUCUGUUUACCGAGUUUUAAAGAAGUCGCUGUGUAUGUAUGCACUUUCUAAUAUCUUUUGCCCAAGUGGCAACCUCCAGGGCUGAAAAAUAAAGGCAGACAAAUCCCAUAGACCCCCAUAUUAAAAUGCCUCUGCAGAGGACAUAAACAUGUUUACAGCCUGGUACAAAAUGAGGGUUUUGCUCUCUAUACCUGAUUUCCUGUUACAGGGGUUGAAAUUGAACUCACUUGUUUAUAUUAAGGCUUGUGCAUAAUUAUGGGCAUGGCCACUUUGAUGGUCAACUAGCCGCUCGGUUCCAGCAACCAGGCUCUAGUUGCCUCAGCCCAUCCUAUUGCCCAUUUUUGGAUUAGCCAAGAGUUUAGCACUGCCAGGAUGGCGAUGGCCGGAGCCACUGUCACUGAGCUUCUUAAUGGCUCUUCAGAAACUGGGUGAUGUCAUAGAGUCUAUUGUUUUAUGCAGUCUAUGCUUUUGCCAAGAGAAGCUGAUUUUUGCUUGAUGUCUGUCUGCUCUACAAGACGUAGUCGUGGUAGCAUCAGGAUGACAAAUUAAGCAUGCAAAGUCCCGGCAGUUCUAUGUACUGCAUGCUAUAAAGAAGGCGAGAUGUUUGACAGCUUUCUUACAGUUAGGCUCAAAAAUUGACAUUUACAAGUAAAGUAAUAAUAAGCAGCUUUGCUUCUGUGCUCUACACCAUACAGUUACAGCAACGUGUCAUCUGACGACUGCUUAUGCUUUCUUUUGUAAAUAUAGAUAUAUUUUUAAGUAUUUUGGGGAAUCCAUUUUUUGUUGUUGUUGUUGUUGUUGUUGCAAAAUUUCAAGUACUUUAUAGAGAGACACUGAACGCGUGUUCUCGUCAGACCAAGCCUGCAUCUGUUUAGAUUUCACCUACUUUAUUAGCACCAUGCAAUAAGUGCAAUAUGCAUUUUGUCUUUGAUUUAAUCGGAAUGUGCAGACUGCAAGCCUGUAAACUUUUAGCACUGGGAGUAUUGUAGUUGUUAUGUUCUCACGAAUUAAUUAUUUAAUUAAAAAAAGUGUUUCAGGUA